GUUUAGGGUAAUUGAGAGAGUGUGUAGGGAAGUGAUCAGGCUCUGAUUUGGGACGCGUCCCAGGCAGCUCCCUGCUCUCGGGUGUGGGAAGUGUUUCAUAUUUACACAGCUGUAAACUUCAUUCUGACCGCCGACUCUCUGCUCCGUGUAAAACUUUGUUUCAGAGCAGCAUGGCUCGAGGACACCAGAAGAUCCAAUCUCAGCAGAAAAACGCCAAGAAGCAGGCAGAGAUCAAGAAGUCAAAAGGUCACGACCAGAAGACCGCAGCAAAGGCUGCUUUGGUGUAUACAUGUGGAGUCUGCAGGUCACAGAUGCCGGAUCCAAAAACAUUUAAGCAGCAUUUUGAGAGCAAACAUCCCAAAAAUCCUCUUCCUCCAGAACUGGUGGGUGUAGAAGCCUGAGCAUCGCUCCCCAGACCUGCACUGUGGCGUCACCAUCAAGGACUGUUAACGCUGUCAACUGUUGCCCCAACAGCAAAAAAAAAAAAAAAACACAUGCAGACGUCUGUCUGCCUGUGUCCGUCCGUCCGUCCGUCUGUCUGUCUGUCUGUCUGUCUGUAUGAUUAAUUCCACACCGGUUUGUGCUGAUUGCGUCUCACACACUGCUACACUGAGGUACAGUGAGCUGGUGAUAAACAGGUGACGGGGUGUUGAUGAUGUAAUUAUAAAUGCUGUAUUUUCCAGAUCAUAAAGCCUACUCUAUAUAUAUAGUAUAUAAUAUAACCUCUAAACCUAAACAUAAUAUAAAUAAUUAGCAUCCUGUAAGGGAUCUGUGCUAACUGAGCAUUGUUAUCAUUACUGAAAACAACGACGUUAUACAUUGAUGUUAAUUAGACUUCAAUAUGAUGUGAUGAAUGUAUUUAUAAAUUUAUUUUAUUCCUCAAGAGACAGGCAGAAUAAAAAAAAACCUUUUAAACUGGAACAUAUGCUACUCCAAACCUGUGGAUGGAUUUUAUUUAAUUUGUGGAUAAAAGUGACGAUUGUUUUGUAAUUUUUCCGAGCGCACUGGAUGUGGGUGAUUAUCUGAGUACUAUUUUAAUUUUACUACAGAAAUAUUUCCUCUUCACUGGAAUCGAGCUCAGUGACCUGGUUCCUGUGCCAAUGUAAUAUAACCUUCUAAUAAAGUUUAAUUUUGGUUA